AUGAAAGAGAAGCAUCCCGGCAGUCGCCUGCAAACCUGUUCGCGACACAACUCACACCUACGGCCUCCUCCCGGGACUGGUGAAGCAACACGCGCCGUCAUUCGAGAAGCAACAGCCAUCGCGGAGGGAGAAGCAGCACCCCCCCCCCCCCCCCCCGCUGUCACUGCAACAACAGUCGGGCGUGUCUCUCAGGCUCGUGAGACACGGGGUCCGUCAUCGCAUACCCCUCGUCUGCCUUUUCCUGCUACUGCUGAUGCCGCUGCCGCUGGACUCGCAUCCCAGGCAGCGGCAACCCCGCUUGUGUCAUCAUUCAUGGAGCUGCUGCAGGAGCUCCGCGACACGUUGACGUCGGCGUCGCCCAGCUCGCGGAGGGAAGGUCGAGACGAGCGAGGAUGGCGAGGUGAAGACGGUGGUCCCAUGAUCUGCGCAUGCGGGAGUGGAGCCGUUGGAGGACGGCUGAUACGGCGGAUACCGCAUCGUCCUGUUCCUGGCAGUGUUGCAGUUGCCGUGGCGGUUGUUGUCGUUGUCGCUGCUGGUGCAGUUGUUGGCCAUUGUAGGAGUCGUCAUCCCCGUCGACAGGGAGAUGAGAUCGUCUGCCGUUAG